AGCGAGUCGCGACUGUGCGGUUGUGGUGAAUUUCUUGUUAUCGAUAUUCCAUUAAAAAACGAUUUUACCGAUGUUUUAAUGCGAAUUUAUCACCUCUAGAGCAGUGCACGUGUGUUUUGGUUUGUUUUGGAUGGAAUAAACAGCAACAAUGGGCAAAAAAGUGCACAAUGCCAAAGCGCGGCAAAACCCGGAGACAAUUGUCGACAACUCGGCUGUAAAAAAGAUUCAAAUCGAUGUGGAUGCAGUGGCUGGGACUAGCCAAGCUGGCUACGAUGAGGCCAAUGCUCUGGUCUUGCCCUCCCAGAAGCGGGCGACCAAGAUCAAGGUGGACAAACAGCAGCACGUGAAGAUCCUCACCAAGAAGCAGCGGAAACACCUGCAGACCAUUGUUGACAGAAAGAAGAAGAAGGAGGGCCGUGCACAACUCUUGGGGGACCUGGCAGCCGUACAAAUCCCCGAUGCGGAGCUCCAGCAAUACACAUCCAUAAGUCAAGUGCAAACAGUGGGCCUGAAACGGCUGCCUACUUUGGACGAGUAUCUGGCCAAGAAGAAGGAGCGACAGGCCCAAGUGCAGGCGGAGAGUGCCACUGGCAACAGGCGAGUGAAUGCCAUCAAAGGAUCAAAGCGGAAGCUUCUCGACGAAGAGGAGGCGGAACUGGAGGCGAAGCGUCGAAACCCGAAUAUUAUCAGUAUAGGGGACGAGGAGGACGAAGAGGAUUCUAGUGAUGAGGAGGAGGAAGAGUCCAGCCCACCUCCACCUAUUCCCGCUCCAAUUCCUGCGCCUGUUCAAACUGCUCCGCCGAAAAUCCCAGCCAAGCCAGUGAUAGAGAAACGAAAACAGGAGGCUCCAGCUCCGGUCUGCACCCACCAAACGGUUUACGUUCCAGUCCAUCGUUCGACUGAGGUCCAGGAAGCCCGUCUUCGGCUGCCCAUCCUGGCCGAGGAGCAACAGGUUAUGGAGACCAUCAACGAGAAUCCCAUCGUGAUUGUGGCCGGUGAAACGGGAUCGGGAAAAACCACCCAGUUGCCGCAGUUCCUCUACGAGGCAGGCUACGCCCAGCACAAGAUGAUCGGUGUGACGGAACCACGCCGAGUGGCCGCCAUUGCCAUGUCCAAGCGCGUGGCGCACGAAAUGAAUCUGCCGGAGAGCGAGGUGUCCUAUCUGAUACGUUUCGAGGGAAAUGUCACGCCGGCCACCAAGAUCAAGUUCAUGACAGACGGUGUCCUGUUAAAGGAGAUUGAGACGGACUUCCUGCUCAGUAAAUAUUCUGUUAUUAUCCUGGACGAGGCGCACGAGAGGAGUGUCUACACUGACAUCCUGGUGGGCCUGCUGUCGCGGAUCGUUCCAUUGCGCCACAAACGUGGCCAGCCCCUGAAGCUCAUCAUCAUGUCCGCCACGCUGAGAGUCACCGAUUUUACGGAGAACGAGCGGCUGUUUAAGGUGCCGCCGCCCCUGCUGAAGGUGGAGGCGCGUCAGUUCCCGGUGACCAUCCACUUCCAGAAGCGCACACCAGACGACUACGUAGCCGAGGCGUAUAAGAAGACUGUGAAGAUACACAACCAGUUGCCGGAGGGCGGCAUUCUCAUAUUCGUGACUGGCCAGCAGGAGGUGAACCAACUGGUUAGGAAGCUGCGUCGCACUUUUCCCUACCGCCCCGUGAAGGACGAGAAGCCGGGGGAGGCGGCGAAGAAGGAAACCAAGGCUGAGGAGUUGGCGGAGGAUCCCAAGGAGCAGGAGUUUGACAUGAAGCGAACCAUCCGGAACAUACGCAAGACGAAAAAGAAGUUCCUGUCGCAGAUAUCCCUGCCCAAGAUCAACCUGGAUGACUACAAGCUGCCUGGCGACGACACCGAAGCGGACAUGCACGAGCAGGAGGAUGAGGAUGAGGAGAAGGAGCUGGAGCUGGACGACGAAGAGGAUGGAGAGGACAUGAACGUGGAUGGAGAAACGAGUAGCUCCGGACAGAGGCAACCACUGUGGGUUCUGCCGCUGUACUCGCUGCUCUCGUCGGAGAAGCAGAACCGCAUCUUCCAGCCCGUUCCCGAGGGCUGUCGCCUAUGCGUGGUGAGCACCAAUGUGGCGGAGACCUCGCUGACCAUUCCGCACAUCAAGUACGUGGUAGACAGUGGCCGCCAGAAGACCCGGCUCUACGACAAGCUGACCGGCGUGAGCGCCUUCGUGGUCACCUACACCUCCAAGGCCUCGGCGGAUCAGCGCGCCGGUCGAGCUGGUCGUAUCAGCGCCGGACACUGCUAUCGCUUGUACUCCAGUGCCGUGUACAACGACUGCUUCGAGGCCUUCUCCCAGCCGGACAUCCAGCAGAAGCCCGUGGACGAUCUCAUGCUCCAGAUGCGCUGCAUGGGCAUCGAUCGCGUUGUUCACUUUCCCUUCCCCUCGCCCCCGGAUCAGGUGCAGCUGGAGGCCGCCGAGCAGAGGCUUACGGUCCUGGGUGCUUUGGAGGCGCCGCCAUCCAGCUCCAUCGAUCCUAAAAAGGAUCUGCCGCCGGAGGUGACGCGACUGGGCAAGGUCAUCUCCAGAUUCCCCGUCGCACCGCGUUUCGGCAAAAUGCUCGCCCUCUCCCACCAGCAGAAUCUACUGCCGUAUACGGUGUGCCUGGUGGCCGCCCUCUCCGUCCAGGAGGUGCUCAUCGAGACGGGCGUCCAGCGGGACGAGGAUGUGGCGCCGGGAGCGAAUCGCUUCCACCAGAAACGCCAGAGUUGGGCCUCCUCCGGCAACUAUCAGCUACUCGGGGAUCCGAUGGUCCUGCUACGGGCCGUCGGAGCAGCGGAAUAUGCCGGUUCUCAGGGGCGUCUGGCGGAAUUCUGUACGACCAACGGUCUCCGGCCCAAGGCCGUCAGUGAAGUGCGCAAGCUUCGUGUCCAGCUGACCAACGAAAUCAACCUGAACGUUAGCGACGUGAACCUGGGCGUUGAUCCGGAAAUGAAGCCGCCCACCGAUGCCCAGGCCCGCUUCCUGCGUCAGAUCCUGCUGGCCGGCAUGGGGGAUCGGGUGGCCCGGAAGGUACCGCUGGCCGAGAUCGCUGACAAGGAGGAGCGGCGACGCCUCAAGUACGCCUACCACUGCGCCGACAUGGAGGAGCCGGCCUUCCUGCACGUCUCAUCCGUGCUGCGCCAGAAGUGCCCCGAGUGGGUGGUCUACCAGGAGGCGUACGAGCUCCAAAACGGAGAUUCCACCAAGAUGUUUAUACGCGGCAUCACUGCCAUCGAACCGGAGUGGCUGCUCCUGUACGUGCCGCUGCUGUGCAAUAUCCGGGAGGUGCGCGAGGAUCCAGCUCCCCGGUAUGACGAGGCAUCUGGUCGGAUGUACUGCUAUGUGGAUGCCACAUUCGGACGAGCUGGCUGGGAUCUGCCGCUCGGCGAGGUGGAGAUGCCUGUCAGCGAGAAGGCCUGCUGCUACUUUGGCAUGUUCCUGCUGGAGGGCAAGGUGUGCCCCCGUCUGGCCGAGUUCAAGGGCAAGCUGAAGUCCACGCCCGCCUCCCUGAUCAAGAGCUGGUCGAGCCUGAACGACAAGGUGCUGCGGUUCAAACGGGCGCUGAUAACGAAGCAGAUCCACAGCCGUCAGGGGCUGGAGGCUGAGUGGGACAGUGAUCCGCAUUUCCUGCUGGAAGAGUACCAGAACCUGCUGUACGACGUCGCCCUCAGCGAACUGAGUCCCAUCUGGCCGCCGCUCGACAAGAACAACUCCUGACUUUGUAUAACAAGUUUCAUUUAUUAUUUAUUUAAUUGAUAUAUAUAUAUAAUAUGUAUAUAUAUAAUUUUUUAUGUAUAAUAUAAAUAUGAAAUUUGUUUUAAAUGGAACUAAAAAAAAAAUGGAUUGGAGUGGAGUGAGGGGGAAUAAAAAUUGUAUUUUUUUUUUGUUGUUUCUUUAACAUCUAAGUUUUUUUUUUCGAUAAUUGUUUAAUACACAAUCCGUAUAUGUACACAGAAAUAAUCAAUAUAUAAUGUAUAUAUAUAUGCUUUAGUUUUGUAAUAUUCUCGUCCUUGUUCGUCCUUGCGAGAGAGAGAUUUGGCUAAUUGGGUUUUGGGCUUAGGGGCAAUGCGGCUAUAAAGAAGUGAUUCUCGUUCCUGCCUCGAUUAAAUACGAUAAGGUUUCGGUUUCGGAUUCUCAGCUAUAUACACGAUUAAUGUUUUGGAUUUUGUGGAUAUGGAUAUACAGUAUAUAUAUAUAUAUAGUUACAUAGUAUAGGUAUAUACACUAGUCUAAGUAUAUUUUGUUAUUACCGCCUUCCAUUAGCUAAUUUAAUGUUAAACUUUAAAUGUACUUUGUUUGUUAAAUUUGUUAAUCAUCGAGUUUGAAGUUCAUGUAUCGCUGCAAGCGAUUAGUUUUCUUUUUCUUUUCUUUUUUUUUUUAAAGUGUAUUGUGUAUUAUGUAUUGUGUGUGUGUGUGUGUGUGUUAUGUUGUGUGUUUGUUGUGUGUAGAAAAAAUCAGUCUAAUUUAUUAAGGCAACGUGAGAGCUUUACAUAUCGUCCUUCCAUGCGUAUCUGCAUCCUUACAUCGUCCUACUCCUUUGCCGUACCUACACUUCCGCUUACACCUAGGAAUUUGUUGUCUGUUCAUGAGUGGGUGUGUGUAGAGUGUAUUGUGUGUAGUUUAUAGUGUGUUUCUUUAUAAUAUCUAAGUAUUUUGUAACUUGAAUCCUGUCCGAGGUUCGCUUAUCCUUUAGGUAUAGUUUUUAAUUCAUUAAUUGCUGGAUUAUCCUUAUUGGGAGCCAAGGGCAUGGGACUUUAACAAUCAAUUUUGGUAUGUAUGGGGGCUUUAACU